AUGGUCGGACGAUUUGGUCAGGCUACUACUUACAGCUUUGCUUCAGGAGUCUCAUACAAGCGCCAUGGAUCACGAGCAUCUGAUCUAAGUAUUUGUCGUCUCCGAGACCAGCCGCAAUUGCUAAUGCACCUCAUCAACGGCGACGAGACGGCCCGCCGAGCACCCAUCGUCUUCACCCUCACCGAACCGUCCUCCUUCGACCUCAUUCGCGCCCGGCAUCUUCUUCGCAUGCUACCCCAUCUCCGGCAGCUCGGGCACAGACAAGACUACGAUGCAGACGAGAGCCCCGGCGCAGACGAGAUCUGCGACACGAACGAGACCAUUGGCACAAUCAAGACCUACAACGUAGAGGCAAGAGGAUUUGGCGCAGGGGAGUCAUACGACGGUCACAAGAGCCGUAAUACCAGCAACUUCGGCAACGCCCAUAAGACAGCACAAUUGUCAACCGAGGCACCUCCGAAGUCCCGAGGCCGAGCAGCGGGCCUGAUGGAGAACCGCGCUGGCAACGAAGAAGAUGGGCAAACGAAGGGUUCAGCACAGCGGCUCGCCAUAUCUAUCGAGAAUCAGGACUUCGAUACCGCCGCGAUACUCAUGCCGUAG